AUGUCUGGCUGGAAUGACGAUGACAUUUGGCCCCAUAAGGACGAUUCCGGUAUCAAAGAAGAUGGGACCCGCUGGGGCAAAGAAGAUGAUGAAGCCGGACUCAAAAUCGACGAUGAUGACCAAGCUGGCCGAGCCCCAAGUGGUUUCGGGGUAGCUUCGACGGAUGAUACUACUAAAUGCCACAACUGUGGAUCUUCCGAACACUUCAGCAGGAAUUGUGACCAGGAGCAGCCGUCGUUUGGCGGCGGUGGUGGCGAAUGUUUCAACUGUGGCCAAGAGGGUCACUCGAAGGCUGAAUGUACUGAGCCUGCGAAGUCGUUCGGUGCUUGCUUUAACUGUGGCAAGGAAGGUCACUCCAAGACCGACUGUUCCGAGCCUCGAAAGUUCACAGGCGCAUGCUUCAACUGUGGCGAGGAAGGGCACUCCAAGACCGAGUGCACCAACCCUCGGGUGUUCGCCGGCAGCUGCCACAUUUGCGAUCAGAUAGGACACACCGCUGCUGAUUGCCCUGAACGCCCCCCGGAUAUUUGCAAAAACUGCGGCGUCGAAGGCCAUACAGCUUUGACCUGCGUGUCUCCCCGCAAGUUUGAUUUGAACAACGUCGCAGAUAGAUUGCCUGAGGAAGCUUGGGCGAUGAUGAAGGCUGCCGGAAGAGACAUCUCAGAGUUCCGUACAGCGCUCCAAGUUUACUCCAAGGCUGUCCCCAAGGCAACCUGGGUCGAUAUCGAAAGAAGGAUGAGAGACGAGAAGUUUCCCAUUUACGUGAUUGCGGUGGAAAGAGAGAAGGUCGAGGCCGAUGUUUACACUCUGAUUGACCUUCAAGGCAACCUCGACCAGGAGUUUGCAGUCAUGUUUUUCCGUGGACCUAACUCGCCCCGAACAUCACUGGAUGCCCGAUGGCCUGGUAGCCCCGAGGAGAACCUUGCACGACUUGAAAAUGCAGGACAGGCUUUUGACCGCCAGGUUCUCAAGUGCCACAACUGUGGUGAACUAGGUCAUACUAAGCGGGGCUGCAAGGCGGAGCGUGAGGAGCCAGAGCGUGCCCAGAUCAAGUGCACCAAUUGUGACACCGUCGGCCAUCGUGUGCGUGACUGCCCCGAGGCACGUCGCAGCAAGCAUGGAUGCCGUAACUGCGGCUCUGAGGAACAUAUGUCCAAGGAGUGCCCAGAGCCCCGUGUUGCUCCUCCAAAUACUGAGUGCCGUCGCUGCAAUGGGCUUGGCCAUUUUGCCUCCGACUGCCCCGAGGGAGGAGGUGAUCGAGGCCCGCGUACUUGCCGCAACUGCGGCUCUGAGGACCAUAUCGCUCGUGAGUGCGACAAGCCCCGCGACCCUUCGACCAUGACCUGCCGAAACUGUGAUGAGGUGGGCCACGUCUCUCGUGAGUGUACCAAACCCAAAGACUGGUCCAAGGUCCAGUGCAACCAGUGCCAAGGAUUUGGUCACACUUUCCGUCGUUGCCCUCAGGGGCCCCCACCCGAAGAGUCAGGCGGCGGUGGUUUCAACGAGACUGGUAGUCCAGGUGCUCAAGGAGCCGGAGCCGACUUCGAUGCGGUUGCCAACGAUGAUGACGGUGGCGGAUGGUAA